CUUUCGCAUGUCGCCGAUUUGCACCAUUAUGUGCAUUGCCAUGUCGCUCUGGGGCUGUGUCCUCAUCGUGCAUCUCUGGCUUGUGGUGGCUCCUCUCACGUCGUGUCCAGACGCGUGUCUCGAGGUCAUCACGCCCUUCUUCACAGCAUCGGGGGGAUGUCACUGUGUGUAUUACCAUCUGCGCUGCACCGACAACGACACUACCAGUCAUUUGGAGGCCCGCCUGACGCCCACCCUUCUUGGCCGUGACCUGCACUAUGUGGGGCUCUCCCACUGCGACUACCUCGUUGACGGAUUAAACGCGUCGAUUCUCCAACCGUUUGACCAUUUGGCCGGCUUUGGCAUUGCGUUUUCACCCCUCACGUCGUUUAACGUCUCGGCGAGCGUUUUACCCAAGUCGCUCUUGUACCUCGAGCUCCGCUACACGUCGCUGCGGUCGAUCCCCGAGCUUGCAGCGACGCUCAACGAGUCGAACGUCAUUUCGCUGGUCCUGGAUGGCAACGCGAUUUCCAUUGUUCCGGAAUCGGUCCGUACAACGUGGCGCAAGCUACUGUGGCUCUCGGUGGCCGAAGCCAACUUGAGUUAUAUUCCGCUCAGUGUCGCGACCUUGCCGUUGCUAGAGUACUUGGACGUCCACGGCAAUGCCAUCACCGACGUGCCCGUGCAGCUGCUGGGCGCGCGGCAGCUGCUUAGCGUGAGCUUGGCGACCAACAGAAUUCGCCAAGUCCCGUCGCUCUUUCUGCAGUCGCCGCCGUCGUGGCUACUGGACGUGAGCUGCAACCCGCUCGUGUCGCCUGCCUCGUUACCUCCGUGGAUCCUUGCAGCGCCGUGCAUCGACGGCUGUGCCCCGAUGCUUGUUGGCAACGGCGUCUGCAACCGCCCGUGCAACACGUCACAGGCGCACUGGGACGGCGGCGACUGCGCAUUUUCGUAG